UAUUCUCCAAUUAUAGGUUCUCAAGGGCCAACUGUUGACGUCCCAGUUCAUGUUCUGUGCAGGCUACAGUCCGUUUCUGUUUUGCCAAGGGUAAAUGUUGAAGCUUUAUAAUAUGUGCAUUACACACAGGACAGCUUAUCCAUGUUGGGGUAAAAGCCUGCGUGGGAGUUCUGCAACGCAAUAGUCAUACCUGGGGUCUAUUCAUUACGCAGAUUCUAUUGCAAAAACGUUUCUUAAACGGAAGCAAAGUGAACGAAACGGGAGUGAGCUAAAUGAAUAUGUUCAAUAGUAACACGUUUAGCUUUGUUAGCUUCCGUUUGGUUGAUAAACGGUAAACGGUUUCCGUAAUGAAUACACCUCUGGAGAAUGUCCAGUCCUUUCUGUAUCCUACGGUCGUGUUGCUACGGCCAGGGGGCGUAAGUCUCUCCGAGAGGAGCUGCUGCUGCUCCACUUUGUCUCUCCCCGCGACAUCAACUGACUCGACCCGGGACAGACCGAAGAAGAUGGCGGCCACGGACCGUUCCCGGUCUGAAGCUGCAAAGCAGCGACGGCAGGAUCAGUUACAGCGAUGGCUGGGCUCGGAAACCGAUCAGACGGGACCGGGGACGCGGGACGGGUCGAUGGGAACCGGGACGCGGCGGGCCCGGGUUCGGUUCGCUCAGGGAGCCGUGUUUAUGGCAGCCUGUUCGGCCGGGGACAGAGAGGAGGUUGCGGUGCUCCUACGACAGGGCGCUGACAUCAACCACGCCAAUAUAGACGGACUGACAGCGCUUCACCAGGCGUGUAUAGAUGAGAAUGCAGAGAUGGUCCAGUUCCUGGUGGAGAGUGGGAGUGAUGUGAACCGGGGGGACAACGAGGGGUGGACUCCCCUCCACGCUGCUGCCUCCUGUGGGUUCAUACAGAUCACCAAGUACCUGAUAGAGCACGGUGCACGUGUGGGGGCGGUGAACAGUGAAGGAGAGCUUCCUCUGGACGUGGUCACUGAGGAUGCUAUGGAGAGACUGCUGAAGGGGGAGAUCAAGAAACAAGGGGUUGACGUGGACAUGGCACGACGGGAAGAGGAGCGGGUGAUGCUGGCGGAUGCCAACGCGGUGCUGGCAGGAAGUGGCGUGCUGACACCUCAUCCUAACACCAAGGCCACAGCGCUGCACGUGGCCGCUGCCAAGGGCUACAUAGAGGUCAUGAAGGUCCUGCUCCAGUGUGGUCUGGAUUUGGACAGUGGUGAUGUGGAUGGCUGGACAGCCCUGCACGCUGCUGCUCACUGGGGACAGCAGGAGGUGUGUUCUCUGCUGGCUGACAACAUGUGUGAGAUGGCUGCUCUCAACAACGUGGGACAAACCCCUCUAGAAGUAGCAGAUGACACCCUAGUGGACACUCUGGAGGAGCUGACAAAGAAACAAAAUUCUCUGCGUACAGAAAAAGCCAAGCUGUCCCAGCCUCCUGUCAUCGAGACCAGCCCUCCUAUCAAUAUGGCAUCGGUUCGACCACGCAAGACCUCAAUCUCUCGUAUGAGCAGCCGGGAGAAGAUCUGCCUCCACGAGAGGGAGAAGCACCCUCCCCCUGCCCUGACCAGCAGCCCUGCUGAGGAUGAGGAUGAGGACGGGGUACAGACUCAGCAUGGGACACAGGGACAGGCCCAAGCCUCCAGCAGCUCCAGUUCAGAAGAAGAGGAGGACGAGUCUGAGAGCGAUGCAGAAUCAGAGAAAGCCAAAAACCGAGAGAUCAUCAACAACUUGAACAACAAACGCAACAGCUCCUCCCCCCACGCUACCUCCAUGGCAACCAGCACUUCAGGAAACACCGUCAAAAAGCAGGACCCAGGGAAGCCCCCAGCCCCAGAGGCAUCACUUAGCUCAGCCCCUGGUGCGGCCCCUGGCUCCUGGAGGACCUCUCUUCGUAAAGCAGGCAGCUCCGUGACCCUGGGGCCUUCAGGUACCACCGACCCAAGUCAGGAGUCCACCCGCGGGGCGCCUGAGUCGGGCCUGGGUAUGAUCCGCUCUGCCUCCAGCCCACGCCUCAGCUCUGACACCAGUACAGACACAAAGGAACCCAGGACUGCCAGAGUGAACCCCAGUCCAACCAGACGUCUCUUCAGUAUACCAGACAGCAACCCAGACAGCACUAUCAGCUGGCUGAGUCGUAGUGCCUCUUACACCCGCCGCCUCAAUACCACAGGAUGUGAUCUCAGUAGCUCCACCCCCUCCUUGCCUCUCAGCUCAUCCUGUGGACGCAGACUGGAUGACCCCACAGUGACCUCAACAACAGGAACUGGAAGUAGCUUCUCUGCUGGACUCAGUCGUCUCAACAUCCUAGUGGCCCAGAGACUGGCUCAGGAGCAGGCAGAGAAGAAGAAGGAGCAGUGUUCUGUCACCUCCAACUCUGUCACCACGACGACCGGCGGCGACUUGGAGACAAAGCAGAGGCGCAAAUCCUACUUGACCCGGUUCGUGAUGAGGAGGCGGAGGCUCAGAGGAAGGCUCGAUCCAGACACGCCAGACAGUCACGACGAUCCACUCAGCACCUUCUAUCUGUUGUCCAAUCAGGGCGUGACGCUCACAGACCUGCAGGAAGCUGACAAGACAAUGAAGACAGCCCAGACGGACGCAGGGAGAGAGAAGACCAGGAAAGAGGAGGAGGAGGAGGCGGCCAAUAAGAAGAGAGCAGAAGAGGGGGAGGUAAGCUGGAGGUCCCGUAUCGCCAACCUGCAGAAGUCUGACCUGCUGGGGCUGACUCAACCGGAUGGUACCUCUCGCCCCCCGACCUCUAGCCAGGAGACGAGUGGAGGGGAACGUGAGAGCGACCGUAUCGCCAGGGAGAGACGGAGGACCAGGAGGAGAGCUCAGAGGGCUGGAGAGAUUGAUGACAACGAGCCCAGUGGAGAGGAGGGGUUUGGAGGCAGUGGGCGCGCCAGCAACAGGUCUGACGUGUCAUGUAACGACUGUAUCGACAGAGGAGGAGGCUCUGAGACCAACGAUUACAAGAAGCUGUUUGAGAUGGUGUCCAGGGAGAAUGGUCAACUACAGUCUCAGCUGCAGGACACCCAGAGGACCGUCUCUCAGACUAGACUGGACCUGGACAAGGCUACCCAGAGACAGGAGCGCUUUAGUGAUUGUUCAGCAAUGCUAGAGAUGGAGAAGAAGGAGCGUCGGAUGUUGGAGCGGCGUGUGGCUGAGCUGGAGGCAGAGUUGAAGGUGCUCGGUGACCUGAGAGCUGACAACCAGAGGCUGAAAGACGAGAACGGAGCGCUGAUCAGAGUCAUCAGCAAACUCUCCAAAUAGACGGAGAGAACGAGAUACAACAGGGAUGCCCCCCUCGCUUCCUCCCAUCAUCCCUCCCUCCUGUCCAUCCACUCCUCCCAGUGCCAAAGAACAAGAGGGAGAGAGAGGUGGCGGGGGGGGGGGACAGGUUAAGAGAAGCAGGAGAAUGUGGUAAUCUAAACAGCUUGAUGUGAUUUAUGACGUCUCUCAUUCCUGAGUCCUCCUGACCGGUCGCUGUGUGUGUGUGUGUGUGUGUGUGUGUGUGUGUGUGUGUGUGUGUGUGUGUGUGUGUGUGUGUGUGUGUGUGUGUGUGUGUGUGUGUGUGUGUGUGUGUGUGUGUGUGUGUGUGUGUGUGUGUGUGUGUGUGUGUGUGUGUGUGUGUGUGUGUGUGUGUGUGUGUGUGUGCCUUAUGCCCACUUUGAGGACAGCCAUGACAACUACUCGCAUAGUAGCAACGAGACGUGACAACAGCCAAAUGCCCAUGACGAUGUGCACCAGGGGGAAAAACACCAAUAUGCACAAGGACAUAUAUACUUCACACACGACACACCCCUCCAUGCACAUUGGACCGGUCCAAGGCAUCUUGUUCCCUUUACAUCGACUCCAUCCAUACCCUGGAUCUAUACCCUAGACCAUACCCUGGAUCUAUACCAUAGACCAUACCCUGGAUCCAUACCAUAGACCAUACCCUGGAUCCAUACCAUAGACCAUACCCUGGAUCCAUACCAUAGACCAUACCCUGGAUCCAUACCAUAGACCAUACCCUGGAUCCAUACCAUAGACCAUACCAUGGAUCCAUACCAUAGACCAUACCCUGGAUCCAUACCAUAGACCAUACCCUGGAUCCAUACCAUAGACCAUACCCUGGAUCUAUACCAUAGACCAUACCCUGGAUCUAUACCCAUAGACCAUACCCUGGAUCUAUACCAUAGACCAUACCCUGGAUCUAUACCAUAGACCAUACCCUGGAUCUAUACCCUAGACCAUACCCUGGAUCCAUACCAUAGACCAUACCCUGGAUCCAUACCAUAGACCAUACCCUGGAUCUAUACCCUAGACCAUACCCUGGAUCUAUACCAUAGACCAUACCCUGGAUCUAUACCCUAGACCAUACCCUGGAUCUAUACCAUAGACCAUACCCUGGAUCUAUACCAUAGACCAUACCCUGGAUCUAUACCAUAGACCAUACCCUGGAUCCAUACCAUAGACCAUACCCUGGAUCUAUACCAUAGACCAUACCCUGGAUAUACACCCUGGAUCCAUACCUCUUAAUCUGGUAGUGUCUUUCAUCAAUGUGUUUUGAACCCACCCUUCCUCCUCCUCACACUAAAGUCCACAUCCCAAAUAGCACCCUAUCCAAUAUGUAGUGGAUUACUUUAGGGCUCUAGUCAAAAGUAGUGCACUAAAUAGGGAAUAGGGUGCCUUUUGAGGACGUUUCCAGACCACAGACACACUCCAUGCUCCUUUAAAUGACCACAGACAGAGCAGUCUGUUGACCACUGCACUUUACUUACAAUCAGGCAGGCAAAGCUAAGCGAUCACAGAUCAGUGCAGCACCGGGCAAAGCUAAGCGAUCACAGAUCAGUGCAGAACCAGGCAAAGCUAAGCGAUCACAGAUAAGUGAGGCUUCGCCACCAUCCUGAGUCGUACUAUACAAAACAGCUCGUCUCCUACACGAAUCUGCAUCCCAAUAAUCUCUCCUAUCUCCUGACGUGUGCACUCCGUCACAAAUGUAAAAGUAUUGGAUAGGUGCAGGCCUGGGCUUCAAGGGGGUUUCACCAUGUUCUUUGUCCCGGGAUGCAUAGGACACCCUCCUCAGCUUUCUAUUGGCUAGGAAGGAGGGGAGGGGAGAGCUAGUUUACCACCUCAGACCUGAUGAUAGAGACUUGCUGUUCUGGAAAAUGCCUAUAUGCUAUGCAUUGUUUUUCAUUAUUAUUAUUAUCAUGAUAAAAUAUUAUUUUCAUAUUUUUUACAUUUACCUGAUGUCAAUCUCUCCCGCUUUGAAAGGGAGGCAAGUUGUUGGUUAUCUAUAUGAUAUCACACAUGUAUAAAUAAAUCAUAUUAGUCAUGAGUGAAUAAUAACAACCUUCAGAAGUGAAUUCCGUGUGUGUGUCCCCAUGUUGGUCUAAUAUAUUAAAUGAUGACGGAACCUAAUAAACUAUGUGUGUGUGUCUGCA